CAUAACAACAACAACAACAACACAUGGCUAGCACGUCUGUCGAUUUUCGUACUCCAUCACGGUUACGUUUCGAUUUUUUUUGCGCUCCUAAGUCCAAACGUUUUUUGUAUUUGCUGUUAUUUGUUUUGGUAUUGUAUAGGUACAUUAUUUAUCAAAAUAAUGUCUUUAAUUGUUAAAAUGUUCUGUGGUUCUAGACGCUUGUCUAUUAUCUCCUACCGUCGUCGGUGCGCGCCUUAUAAAAUUUAAUUUCUCAUUAAAUUCCUUACAAUAUUUGAGUUUUGUACUUACUAUAUUAUACUUUUGUACUUUUGUGGGCUACCGUCAACCAUCAACACCGUUCGCCGUCGCCGUCUCCAGGUGCCAAAUUUCCAAGUUCCAACCUACACUCUAGUAGAGUGACUCUACGGUGCCCCACAGCCAUUUCCGCGACCGACACAGAUUAUUUGAUGGAUGCAUUGUUUUGAAAAACGGACAUUAUUUGAGUUUAUACUUACUACUUUUGUGCGUCCUACCAUCUCGUGUUCACUGUCAACGAGGUUUGCCGUCUCCGAAUUCUUACCUACACCGUACAGUGCCACCUACUACUGCCAUAUCCUACACAGAUUCAAGGCAUUCAUACCUUGACUUAAUAUACAAUUCACAAUGGAAAAUACAAAUCUAAUACCAGAAUCAAGAAAAUGCAAACCAGUCAAAUUGUUUAAAAAAUCAUCUUUCAUUGAUAAAUAUGAAGGUUUGCAAUCCUUACGCAAUGGUGAGAUUCUUUGUGAUAUUAAACUGGAAACGGAUGAUAACAAAAUAAUAACUGCACAUUUCGUGGUUUUAUCAGCGGCUAGUCCAUAUUUCCAUGCUAUGUUCACAAAUUUUGCAGAAAGGAAUCAUGAUCUUGUGGAAAUGAGACACAUAGAUUAUUCCGCUUUACUGCUCUUAGUAAACUUCAUUUACACAGGACAAAUCGUGGUUACUGAAGAAAAAGUCCAGGAUUUAUUACCGGCUGCAGAUCUCUUGCAGUUCCAAGGAGUAAAAGAGGCUUGUUGUGAUUUCUUACAGUCACAGCUCUGUCCUACAAAUUGUAUCAGCAUUAACAAUAUUGCUGAUAUACAUAGCUGUACGAAAUUGUUAACAAGUUCAGAAAUAUAUAUUCAUCAACACUUUUCGUACGAAAUUUAAUUUAUUAUUUUGAUUCUAAAAGUAUUAUAAGUAUUAGCAUUCAUAUUUUUUUUUUGUAUAAAUGUUUUCAUAUAUUGCAUUAUAGCAGGCGUGCCCAACCUUUUUCAACUUGCGGGCCACAUUCAAAAUUUAUAUUUAUACUGCGGGCCGUAUAUGCUUCACAGGUUUUUUUUUUUUGUUCAUUUCGAUAAAAUAUAGACUAGUCAUAGGUAUAUCUAUUGUACAGUCAUUUGAAAGAUUUAUAUAAAGAUAUCACAGAUAAAAACACAGAUUUAAUACAUUUUUAUAAGACUCUUACUGAUGAUUUUCCAAAAAUAAAAGAAUUAUCAAUGCGUUUA